UUCGGCUGCUACGACUCUCGGUGCUUUUUUCGCCGCUCUGUACAAACUCGUUUCAAUAUCUUCGUGCGUGCCUGUGUUUGUGUUUAUAUCGCCAUCAGUAAUUACAUCAUCUAAUUGAUUCAUCUAAGAGGAAUGUACACGAUGACCAUGAGGAAAGCUAUGCUAAGCUGUAACUGCCUCAGGCUUCAGCAAUUUCCAUAUGCAACAGCUGUACCGACUGCAGACUUUCAACCCAGAAGGCGAUCGAUCGCUCAACACAAAGCUCAUCCUCGCGUUUAUUAUGGAGGUAGGCACACGGUCACUCUCUUGCCUGGAGCUGGCACCGGUCCUGAACUUAUGGAUUACGUCAAAAAGAUAUUUAAAUACACCGGUGUACCGGUAGACUUUGAAGAAAUCGAAAUUGCCGAAAAUUCAACAACCGAUGAUCUUGACUAUGCUAUUACAUCCAUUCAACGUAAUGGUAUCGCGCUCAAAGGGAACAUCGAGAGCAACUGUUUAACGAGCGAAAAUUUGGUGGGUAACGUGACUCUGAGGAAAGAACUUGAUCUUUACGUCAAUAUGGUGCAGUGCGUCUCUUUUCCUGGAACAUCUGCACGUUUUAACAAUGUUGAUAUCACGAUAAUCCGUCAAAACGUCGAAGGCGAAUAUUCCAUGUUGGAGCAUCAAACGACCGAUGGUGUCGUCGAGAGCUUGAAAAUCGUAACGGAAGAAAAUGCUAAGAGGAUCGCUCGAUAUGCCUUUGAGCAUGCGAUCAAUAAUGGCCGUAAAAAGGUCACCAUUGUUCACAAAGCCAACAUAAUGAAACUAUCGGACGGCUUGUUCCUGGAAACGGCGCGCUCCGUUGGCGAGGACUAUCCAGAAAUCGCGUGCAACGACAUGAUCGUCGACAAUGCCUGCAUGCAGCUCGUCUCGAAUCCUCAUCAGUUCGACAUGAUACUCACGUCGAAUCUCUAUGGAUCGGUGAUCUCCAAUGUCGUCUGCGGCCUGCUCGGCGGCGUCGGCAUCUACUCGGGCCGCAACGUCGGCGAGAAUCACGUUAUCUUCGAGCCGGCCACCCGUAACAGCGGCCACUCCAUAGCCGGCAAGAACAUAGCCAAUCCCGUGGCCAUGCUCCACGCGGCCUCGGAUAUGCUGCAGCAUCUCGGCCUGGACAAGUACGCCGAGCUCAUAAAGGCCGGUAUCAGAGGCAGCUUGAGGGAUCGUGUCUGUACUCCGGAUUUGGGUGGCACAGCUACCAGUCAAGAAGUCGUCGCAUCGAUUAUGAAGCACAUCGAGAUCGCUUUGCAAUCUCACCAGUAAAUGCUCCAUGUGGUCGGUGUCAACUUCACACUGGGCGGCAAAGAAUAACUGCUUUUUAUGGAUUUUCCAUGAAAUGUAUGUUCAAUUACUUUAUACGAAAGUUUGGAUUUAGAAUGAUGAAAAAAAUGCUUGCUUUGUAUCUUGUAUAAUGUAUAUCAUAAUCUUACAUCGUGUCAACGUAUGUGACCGAGACAUAUAAAAAUGCCAAUUUCUAUUUUCACAUAAAGUUCCAUUUCUAUGCUUUUUAUGCACAUAAACUUGAUGUACUUUAAGUGCCCAUCAGAAAUUCAUUCUUUUACGAUCGCACAUAUUAAAUGCCAUGAUAAUAUUAUCAAAUUUCUUCGACAAUUUACUAAAUUCAAUUAAUUAUUAUACCAAGCAAGAUGACAGCCAUAAAAUGUAACAUUGAAAAAAUGAAAAAAAUGAACCCAAAGUAUUACAUGCAACAAACCGGAAGUUUUACAUUGUUCAACUUCAAGUCGACAAAUUUUCAAAGAGACUAAGUUUUCUAUAAAAUUUUUUUUUCGAUUCAAAGUGUCGUGUA